AUUCCUACCUUUAACAAUAGAUUCGUUCAUCAAUAUAAUGAUGGUGGGAGGCGGCAAAGCUUGGAUCAAAGAAGCUCUCAGACAAAACAGGAGCUCACUCUAUAAUCUGUUGCGCUGUGUGAUUGUGAUCAGUAGGAAUUAGGAGCUGUUAAGAGAAUUAUCGUGUGUUAUCCAGUCUUAAACUAUGGUGUACUUGCAAGGAUAUUGUUUGGUGGUUUUGGGAGUGAUUUUGGGUGUCAUUGAAAGUGGUCUUUCUUUGAGAUGCUGGAAGUGCACUUCGCAAUUGGACGCUACUUGCAGAGACUAUUUCAACACCACCCGGAUAUUGUUGAAUCAAAGACACAUGGAUCAGUAUUCCUAUGGAAAUCUGCAACAAGCCAGAACUGAUCCGCAUUUGUCUGACUGUGAUGGGAUGCAUACGUCAACUUAUGGACAAGUUAAGAAUGUUUGUUUGAAAUGGGUUAUUCAAGAGCCUGAUCAAUUGCCACAAGUUCAUCGUGAAUGCCAAAUGGUGCCAAGAGAACUACAAGUUGGAGCGUGUCCAGAAAAAUUGUCGCAAAAUCGUCCAAGGUAUUUACAAUCUUGCAGCACCUGGGAAUAUGAUGGAUGCAAUUCUGCCAGUACCAAUGGUGUAAUUUUACUGGGAUUAGUACCAGCAGUAGUACUUUUAUUAGGAAAAUAAGAUGUUCGUCUUUGUAAUGUAAAUAUUUAUUAAUUGUUAAAUGUUUGUAUAAAAGUUUAAUAAGGUUUUUGCGGAGCUUCACUGUUGAUGUAUUGAGUUGCCAUAUUAUAAUAUUGUAUAUAAUUUUUCAAUAAAAAUCUCAUCAUUUAAUUUCAAUGUCAAGUAGUAAUUAGCAGUGUGAUUUCAUGCGUAAAUUAUUUACAAUAAACUAUAAUUUUUUUUUUCAUAAAAAUAAUUUAUUAUUAUUGCUUUAUGUGUGUUAACCAAAAAACCAAGUAAUUCAUUUCAUCCAAGGUACUUAUAAGAAUAUCUAAAAAUUAUUUAUACCUAAAUCGAUAAUAAAUACAUUGUGUGACUUA